AUGUCGAAGUUAGAGUGGGAAGAAGCUCGAUGUUCUGUCUGUAUGGACCAUCCUCACAACUGCAUCCUUCUCAUUUGCACUUCCUAUGGAAAUGGAUGCAGACCUUACAUGUGUGACACAAGUUACCAGCAUUCUAACUGCUUCGAACAGUUUCUCAAAGCUUCUAAUGAGACAGAGACAGAGUCAGCAGUUGCAAACCCGAGGGUACAUGGGACUCAUGUGUCUACAUUUUCUAACGAAGACAAAGAGAAAGCCAAACCAAACCUUAAAUGCCCGUUAUGUCGUGGUCAUAUAAUGAGAUGGGAUGUGGUAAAUGCUGCUCGAUGGUUCAUGAACUCGAAGCUAAGAAGCUGUUCUUUCGAGAGUUGUGAUUAUAGCGGAACAUAUUAUGAUUUGAGAAAGCACGUAAUGGCUAAGCAUCCAAAUGAAAGACCAUCAGAGGUUGAUCCAGAAAGAGAGCGUCGUUGGAGGAGAUUAGAACGUCAAAGAGAGUUAGGAGGAGGAGUGGUAGUAGUAGCUUGCCAGGUACAUCUAGAGCUAGCUAGGUUAGAGAUUGGUGUUAGAAGAAGGAGAGCUGAAGAUAAUAACACUUUAGAUCUCAAUAACUUACCUGAUGAUCCUUCUAGAGAAUUUUUCCCAUUCUUUGAAGAAGGCUCCUCUUCCUCUUCUUCUUCUGGAGGGUUUAGAGAGAAGCAAAACAAAGAUGGAAAAGAGUAUGAAUGUAGAUUUUGUUCACUCAAAUUCUUCAAAUCUCAAGCUCUCGGUGGUCACAUGAACCGCCACCGUCAAGAGAGGGAAACGGAGUCAUUAAACAAAGCUCGUGAACUUGUUCUUCGCAACGAUACUUUUCCUCCUCAGCAAGGACCUCCAUCUUUUAGUUAUCAUCAAGGAGACCUAAUAACACCAUUCAAACCAAUGAUGUAUCCACCAAGAUUAUUCUCCAUUUCCCCCUCUUCCUCCACCCUUCCACCACCACCACUUAUGCAACCUUAUCUCUAUCCACCACCGUCUCCUCCGCGACCACCAAGGUUUCCUCACCGUGAUGACUUCUACUUGCACAACAAUGGUACACAUCACCAAACCCUAACCAAUAGUAGUUGCGGUGGCCGUGCACCGCCUGAAUCGAGUUACAGCUUCAUCGGUGGUGCACCGGUGGCUAAUAGCUCUAGAGUUGCUCCUCCUCUUCUUCAGCAUCUACCACCACAUCCUGGACUAUAA